CGUUUUCCUGGUUCCAGUGUUCACUAGGUUCACUGCUUCUUCUUAUUCACUUACUUUUCCUGUGUUACACGUUUGUGAUUCAAAAUCAAGGUGCAAAGUUACCUUCAUUAACUCUUAUUACGACUACUUCUCCGCAACGAGGGUUCCAUACGCCUGUACAGCUCAUGGCUGCCACUCAACAGUUACCUUCAUGGAUGACACUGGCAACUACCGUAUAUACAGAUGCUGCAGGUCAAACUGUAACCAGCGAAACCACCCUUCAGCUUCCACUCACUUACUACGGUCCAAGUAUUCCCUUGGGCAGUGAUGGUGCUUGGACAUACGGUGGUCUCACCUCACCAGCAGCAUCAACGUCUUUUCUAACGACUUCCUCCACUGCAACAUCUUCCACCUUUACCUCAACAUCCUCUGCGACACCUACUUCCUCUACGACAUUUACUUCCUCUGCGACACCUCCUUCCUCCUCAUCAUCCUAUCAGUCUACAUCUACGUUUAUCUCAUCGACUCCUACUUCUACAUCGCCUUCUACCUCUGUCACAUCAAAUCCCUCUUCACAUGCGACUGCUUUAUCCAAAGGAGCCCUCAUCGGUAUCAUCAUCGGUGCCAUCAUCUUGUUUAUCCUCUUGCUUCUGCUUUUCAUCUGGUUCGUCCGUUGGAACUCCCGUCGAAGAGACUCUAGGGCUAUCACACCUAUAUGGACAGGAUGGAAUGUUCUUACCCCUGAUCCAACCGGCGACGAGGAGAAUCGUCCAGCUGGUCUGGGUUCUCCUCGCGAUAGCGGUGAUGAUGAAGCAGAUUCUUUCCUCCGUCGCAGCACUGCUACAGAGCCUGAACGUCGUCCACGUCCAGUAUCUUCUCUUCCCCCCGGCGCCGCCCCACCCUAUAUUGUGGGAAGCACCGGCUCUGACAGAACAAGAUCCUCCCAGGCUUCGACAGACUAUGGCGUCGUCCUACCUGGCUCAGGACACUUUGGACAGGCCUACAGUGGUGAUGGCAUCCCUGCUCACGCCAGCAGUGAAAUGCUAGGCCACAUCAUGCCUCCUGGUGAGCUCCUCCGCAUUACAGAUGAGGAAGAGCCGGAGGACAUACCCCGACCACGCAUGUACAGCUCAAGUCAUCCCUCUCUACCCGAGCACAUCGCCCCCCUACUCCCACCCCCACCUUUUGAGGGUGCUGCUACUCGCAAGCCUUCAGACCGCUCCCUACUCAACGAAAAGGAAAAAUCCGUCCGCAGUGCCUCUUACCCAACGAGUGACCUUGAGGACUCCAAAAUCUUCACUGCUCGCCGCGUACGCGUCCAGGAGCUCGGUUCCCGCAGCCCGCAAGAUGACGACUCCACGCAUACCCAGCCUGUUGCAGGACCCGCCAGCUGGCGCAACUCUUUCUCUCGUCUGCGGAGGAGCUGGUUUGGUUCCUCCUCAUCUCGCAGCGGAUCAAACUCGCGCAAGGGAUCAGAUAAAGACGCCGAGGCAGCCCAAUCCUUGCUUGGUCGCAGACUUGGUGUAGGCUAUACCCUUGCAGGAGACCGUCCGAUAUCGAGCGUGAGCGCUAAGAGCGCCGUAUCCGGGAACACAGUGUACCAUGACGCAGUCUCUCGUAUGGGUACUCCUGUUUCCCUUCCUUCAAGAGCAAUCACGCCUGCGAGUCAGAGGGGAAGCGCAGUUCCUGCAACGGACUUUGCACCUCCUAUGCCCAGUGGAGCACCCCCAGCAUAUGAUGAUCCCUAUGAUUUGAUGGGUAGUAGGGUCCCCAGUCCGUUGUCUCCCACAGGCGUUGACGUUCUGGAUACACCAGCACCAGCUCCUUUUUCAUCCGCUUCGACGAGUGGGAGACCUUUGCCGCCAGGUCUUGUCCCGUUGUACAGUCGCCAUGCGUGGAGAGACUCAUUGUCUGUGAUCACGGGCUCGUCAAAUGACGCGGGCAUCACAAUCGAUGUUCUCGAUGCUGAGCCGCCACGAGCAGGUGACGGUUGGAGGAGCUUAGCCGGUGGCCUCCUUGGUGUCAGUGCAGGACCAGACCCAAGUGAACAAAGAACCCCGUUUGGAACUCCCCAAUUCAUCCAUCAAGGAAAUCCCUUGGUCUCUGAGCGGGGGUCUUUGCAUUCUAUGCGUUCACACCUAAGUCCCUACUCUGCACGUUCAUCUUCAGGCUCAGCACCUGCAUCCUCAGCACGCGUUUUCAAUCUCUCAGGGUCCAAUUCUUCUCGUCCUUCUGCAAAUUCUGCCCACUCACGCGUAACAACCACGUCCUCUGCGUCGUUGAACUCUAGUCGACCGUUUGGUCCUAUCUCACCAUCUGUGAGUGCGUUUGGACACGCAGAUCCUUCGCGGUACACGUCCCACACCAUUGAGGAAAAUGAGGACCAGUUUGCGGAGCCAGGCAGCCGCACAUCGAUUCUUGGUCCUAUGCCCUCAUUCUCCACUCGUUCGAUGAUCUCCCAACCAACGAUCCGUAGUGUGGGUGGCACAACGGUAACGAGCGAUGACACAGAGAUGACAAGAACGACUGUCACUUCGGGUUCUGAGGAUGUAAUAAGCACGCCUAGAACAUGGUUUCAAGAACGACUGAGGGCCGAGAUUUGAGAUGACCCAGCGCUAUAGAUGAGUUCUCUUCCAAGCGCUGGGGCAGGGCUAUUCUAUAGAUGUGACUUUUCCUUACUUAUUCUUGUUGCUUCAUCAUAACUUUUGCGAUACCUCCACUUACUUUUGCGAUCCCUAUCAUACUCGAUCUUGUACGUUCGUUACGAAGAUUACGAUCACCUCCUUACUUACUGCUAAGUACUGAUGUCUGGCAUACGAUUCUUGUACAGUCUCUGGUGAAAGAUACAACGGUCAUUCAUAACGCCACAAGC